GCCCGCCAUAAAAGCUGAGGUGGCCAUGCUUUUAAAGGUAUUGCACCCGGUUUGUUGAAUGAUCUCCUCUUUUCGUUGUGAAUCCUUGAUUCUUGUGACGUCUUUAUGGAGCAGCUGCUUUUACUCUGACAGUCUUUUGGUUUGACUGUUUGAAAAGCUGCUCUAUUUUAUUCACUGCUUGUUAUUUUGGCUCAUUUCCUAGUCUCUUUGGAGCUUGUGGUUCCUGUUGGUGAUUUUAACGUUUCUGUUUGCUGUCAAUGCCAAUAGUGUUUUAAUUUAUGUGUUUUUCCAAGAGUGUAAUUUACAUCAAAGCACUUUGUGAAUUUGUAGUGGUAAAUGAGCUAUAAAUAAACCUAUGUACCUUCCUUUUAUAUCUCAAGUAUCCAAUUAAAGCAAAAUACUAAGGCAAAAAAAAAAGAAAUUUGCCGUGUUACAGCAACAUAGAUAGAAACACAAAUAGAAGUAAUAAAUAAAUAAAUAAGCAAUAUAAACAUGAGGAAAUGUACAAAUAUAAAUAUGAAACACUGUGUAAACAGAAUAUACACAGUGUGGCAGGAUUGCAAAUAUAUGAUAUUGAAAAUUGCACAAACAGAAAUACAUUUUGCACAGUUGAUUUAGUCAAAACGUGAGGAAAAAAGGGAGAUAUAUUUAGUGCUUGUGGUCGACUGUGAGCAGAGCUGAUUGUACAGUGUGACGGCAGCAGGAAGGAGCGACACCUCUCCUUCACACACUUUGUGUGUAUCAGUCUGUCGCUGUCGGAGCUGCCCAGUGCUGUGUGUGUGUAAUCACGACCGGAGCUGAGAGUAAUCAUCAUGGGCCGCUUCUGUCUGCAUGAAACUGCAAUCAUCUUUGUUUUAUGAAUACAAAAACCACAGCGUUCAGCCAUGAGGUUGAAUGUCAAUACAGCUCGAACUGCAGCUGAGGGAGGAGUGCGAGUCAUGCUGCUGGGACUCACAGUUUCAAUAAAAUAAUAGAGUCCAUGAUUGAAAGACAGAUUUCCACUGAUGCACUUUUUCAGCAAUGUCACAACAUAUUUUUCCUCCAGUCCUGCAUCUGUUUGACAGUGCAUCUGUAUUUCUCACUGACAUGAGGCGGAUAAUGUCACUCUCUCUAUUGGCACAUAUAGAACAGCUAUAAAGAUGGAAUAUAGCAGUGCGAAUUCCCUGAGGUGGAAGCCACGGGGACGACUGAGGCGAACGCUGCUUGUCACAAACAAUAUUAAUCCUUGUUUCUCUGCUCUUUUCUCCUCCUCCAUCCAUCUCCGUGUCCAGGAGAGCACUGCGAGCUGUCGUCCCGCUCCGGCCGCUGUGCCGCGGGAGUCUGCAAGAACGGCGGCUCCUGCGUCAACCUGCUCAUCGGCGGGUUCAAGUGCGACUGUCCUCCGGGCGGCUUCGAGAAGCCCUACUGUGAGAUGACCACGCGCAACUUCCCCCCGCACUCCUUCCUGACCUUCAAGGGCCUCCGCCAGCGCUUUCACUUCACCCUGUCGCUCACGUUUGCCACCAAGGAGCAAAACGGUUUGUUGCUCUACAACGGGCGCUUCAACGAGAAGCAUGACUUCAUCGCCAUGGAGAUCAUCAAUGAGCAGAUUCAGCUCACCUUCUCUGCAGGUGAAACCAAGACUACAGUGUCCCCCCACAUCCUGGGAGGCGUCAGUGACGGCCUGUGGCACGUGGUGGACGUCCACUACUACAACAAGCCGAUCUUAAACCAGGCCGGUCUCCCGCAGGGCCCCUCGGACCAGAAGGUCGUCAUAGUGACGGUGGACAACUGCGACACCUCUGUGGCCCUGAGGUUCGGUCACAUGAUCGGAAACUACACCUGCUCGGCUCAGGGCAGCCAAUCAGGAUCCAAAAAAUCUUUGGACCUGACCGGCCCCCUGCUCCUCGGAGGAGUCCCCAAACUUCCAGAAGAUUUCCCCGUUCGCAACCAUCAGUUCGUGGGCUGCAUGAAGAACCUGCGGAUCGACAGCCAGCACGUGGACAUGGCCGGCUUCAUCGCCAACAACGGCACUCUGCCAGGAUGCUCCGCCAAAAGACACUUCUGCAACAACAACCCGUGUCUCAACGGAGGAACCUGCGUGAACCUGUGGGGCUCCUUCAGCUGCGACUGCCCACUUGGAUUCGGAGGACAAAACUGCGAACGAGUCAUGGCCAGCCCUCAGCGUUUCCUGGGCAGCAGCCUGUUGCAGUGGAGCAACCUGGCGGCGGCGUCCGUCCCCUGGCAUGUAGAGCUCAUGUUCCGCACACGUCAGGCCAGCGCCACGCUGCUACACAUCUCGGCUGGCCUGCAGCACAACCUCACGCUACAGCUGCGCGGGGGGAGUGUGUUGAUGGGGCUGCACAGGGGCGAGGACUCCACUCUGUCCCGCGUGGAGGAGGUGCUGGUGAACGACGGGGACUGGCAUCAUCUGCAGCUGGACAUCAGCAGUCUGGGCGGAGCGGCGAGUCACCACAAAGCCGUCUUGUCUUUAGACCACGGACUCUACCUGGCGAGUAUGCAGGUGGACGUGAAGCUGCAGGACUCCAAGCUGAAGACUGUGAGCGUCGGUGGUGUGGCAAGGCAUGAUGGGAAAGUUCAGCAUGGCUUCAGGGGCUGUAUACAGGGCGUGCGUGUGGGCGGGGCUCUGAGUCUGUCUCAGGCCAGGAAGGUGAACGUGGAGCCGGGCUGCAGCGUGCCCGACCCCUGCAGCUCCAGCCCCUGUCCUGUCAACAGCUACUGCAGCGACGACUGGGACAGCCACUCCUGCACCUGCUCCAAUGGCUUCUACGGCACCAACUGCACCGACGUGUGUUUGUUGAAUCCCUGUGAACACCAGUCGAAGUGCACCAGGAAGCUGAGCUCCUCUCGGGGUUACACCUGUGACUGUCCCAGCAGCUACUUCGGCCACUACUGCGAGAAAAAGACGGACCUACCGUGUCCAAGAGGCUGGUGGGGUCACAAGACCUGUGGUCCCUGCAACUGUCCCACAGACAAAGGGUUUGACUCCGACUGUAACAAGACCAGUGGAGAGUGUCGCUGUAAGGACAACCACUACCGCCCAGCCGGCAGUGACACCUGCCUGCUGUGCGACUGCUACCCGGUCGGCUCCUUCUCCAGAGCCUGCGACCGGGAGAGCGGCCAGUGCCAGUGCAAACCCGGCGUGAUCGGACGCCAGUGUGACCGCUGCGACAACCCCUUCGCCGAGGUUUCUCCCAACGGCUGUGAAGUGAUCUAUGACAGCUGCCCUCAGGCCAUCGAGGCUGGGAUCUGGUGGCCCAGGACCAAGUUUGGUCUCCCUGCCGCGGUGCCCUGUCCCAAGGGAACGCUCGGCACCGCGAUCCGACACUGUGAUGAGCACAAGGGCUGGCUGCCUCCCAAUCUCUUCAACUGCACCUCUGUUACCUUCAGCAAGCUGAAAACUCUGUCUGAGAAGUUUGCCCGUAACGCUUCGCUCCUGGACUCCGGACGCGUUCAGCAGACGGCAGCCAUGUUGGCCAACGCCACGCUGCACACCGACAAGUACUACGGCAGCGACGUGAAAGUGGCGUAUCGGCUCACGCAGAGUCUGCUGCAGCACGAGAGCAGCCAGCAGGGCUUCAACCUCACAGCCACACAGGACGUCCACUUCACCGAGAAUCUGGUCCGUGUGGGCAGCGCCAUCCUGUCUCCAGACACGCGGCCGCACUGGGAGCUGAUCCAGCACUCGGAGGGCGGCACGGCGCUGCUGCUGCGGCAGUACGAGGAGUACGCAAACACGCUGGCACAGAACAUGAGGAAGACGUACCUCAGCCCCUUCACCAUCGUCACGCCGCACAUCGUCAUCUCUGUCGACCGUCUGAAGAAGAUGAAUUUCGCCGGGGCCAAACUCCCGCGGUACCAGAGCCUGAGGGGCCCUCGCCCCGCGGACCUGGAGACGGCCGUCACGCUGCCCGACUCCGUCUUCCUGCCGCCUGUGGACCCCAAGGGUCACAGAAACUUGGACAUCUUCCCAGAGUCCUCGCUGAGUAACCGCUCAGCCAACAGGAAGAGACGCCACCCCGAUGACAGCCAGCAGGACGCCAUCGCCAGCGUGAUCAUCUUCCACAGCCUGGCCGCGCUGUUACCAGAGAACUACGACCCCGACAAGAGGAGCCUGCGAGUUCCGAAGCGUCCGGUCAUCAACACGCCGGUGGUGAGCAUCACGGUGCACGACAACGACGAGCUGCUGCAGCACACGCUGGACAAACCCAUCACCGUGCAGUUCCGCCUGGUCGCCACUGAGGAGCGCUCCAAACCCAUCUGUGUCUUCUGGAACCACAGCAUCCUCGCUGGAAAUGGCGGCUGGUCAGCGAAGGGCUGCGAGGUGGUUUUCAGGAACAACACCCACAUCAGCUGUCAGUGUUAUCACAUGACCAGCUUUGCUGUGCUCAUGGACGUCUCCAGGAGAGAAAACGGAGAAAUCCUGCCAAUCAAAAUCCUGACGUGGAGCACAGUGGGCGUGACCCUGGGGUUCCUCUUCCUCACCAAUGUCUUCCUCCUGUGUCUGAGAGCCAUGCAGUGCAACAAGACGAGCAUCAUCAACAAUGGGACCACCGCACUCUUCCUCUCUGAGCUGAUCUUCAUCCUGGGCAUCAACCAGGCCGACAACCUGUUCAUGUGCACAGUCAUCGCCAUCCUGCUGCACUUCUUCUACCUCUGCACGUUCUCCUGGCUCUUCCUGGAGGGGCUGCACGUCUACCGCAUGAUCAGCGAGGUGCGAGACAUCAACUACGGACCCAUGAGGUUUUACUACCUGAUCGGAUGGGGAGUCCCCGCCUUCGUCACAGGCUUGGCGGUGGGACUGGACCCUGAAGGCUACGGGAACCCAGACUUCUGUUGGCUGUCGAUGUACGACACUCUCAUCUGGAGCUUAGCUGGACCCAUCGCCAUGGUGGUGUCGAUGAACAUCUUCCUGUACAUCCUGUCGUCCAGAGCCUCCUGCUCUCCGAGACACCACAGCAUCGAGAAGAAGGAGCCUCGUGUCUCUGGCCUGAAGACGUCAGGUGGCGUCCUCCUCCUGGUGUCGGUCACGUGUUUCCUGGCUCUCCUGUCCGUCAACAGCGACAUGAUCAUCUUCCACUACCUGUUCGCUGGGUUCAACUGUGUGCAGGGCCCCUUUGUGUUCUUCUUCCGCAUCGUCUUCAACAAGGAGGCGAGGAAUGCUAUGAAAUACUGCUGCAGCCGCAAGCGCCCGGAUCACAUGAUGAAGUCGAAGGCCUCUGGCUACAAAUGCAACACCAACUACAUGGACGGGAGGUUGUACCAUCUUCCCUUCGGAGACUCCAGUGUGUCUCUGAACGGCACCAUGCAGAGCGGCAAGAGUCAGCAGAGCUACGUGCCGUUUGUGCUCCGGGACGACGGGUUGAGUAACAGUCAGGCGCACAUCGCGCUCAACGACCACGGCUCACUGUUCCACGAAACCAAAGUGCAUGAUGAUCACGACAGCGACUCGGACAGCGACCUGUCCCUGGAGGACGAUCAGAGCGGCUCCUACGCCUCCACGCACUCCUCCGACAGCGAGGACGAGGAGGGACCCCUCCCCCCAGAUGAAUGCUGGGAGAACCUGGCGUCCAAUGGGACCAAGAGACCUCAUCCAAACGACAACAGUUUGAGUAAGAUGUUGUGGCCUGGAGAUUACCCAGCAGGGCCUGACGGCGAGCUCCCAGACAGACUGAAGACAGAAAACAAUCACGAUCCGGGGGCGUUAGCAGACGAGCGGACGCAGGAGAACAUGACGAUGUUUCUGCCCAGUCAUCACAACUUCCACUCCCACCCACACAAAGGGAUCUUAAAGAAGAAGCAGCUCUCUCCUAUCGUAGAGAGGAACAGUCUCCAUCGCAUCCACAACGAGCUGUGUGGAAACGGCCCCGGCACGGCGUCCCCCCCGGGCUCGGCCUCGGGGGACAGUCGGAGCGGCCUGUCCAAACCCAGCCGGCCUGAGCAGCUGAACGGUGUCGCCAUGAGCAUCAAGGCCGGGACGGUGGACGGAGACUCGUCGGGAUCAGACAGCCACUGCAACACCACCAUGUGACCUCGCUGACGGAGGGGUGUGUCUUUGCAGGUCAUAGAGCCGCCUUCCUCUGCGCUGACUGCAAACAGGGAGCACCGGACUUCCCCUUUAGAAACUAUGUGGAAAAAUGAAGUUUCCCCCAUCGCGUCCUGAUCCUCUGAAGGAGAGUGUGUGUGUGUGUGUGUGUGAGAGAGAGUGAGUGAUGUACUGUAUGUGUGUGUGAGAGAGUGAUGUACUGUAUGCAUGUGUGUGUGCGUGUGUGUUCAGACAUGUGUGCCAAACCUCAGGAGUCACUGCACUGGCCCAGGCUCACGCACACUGACACAAGUCUCACUCUCCCUUUAAAGAAAUCAUUUUGUUUACAUACUUGAAGCAAUGCACUUUUUUUAUUUACUGCCCAGAGUUGUCGGCGGUUUACUUUUUCUUUUUGUUUGUAGUGUUUUUCUUUUAUUGUACCAGGAUAUAUAUUUUUUGGGGGUGGGUCAUUGUGUUGUAGACGUGCAAACAUUCAGGGACAUUCCUUUUUCACGCAUCGCUACUCGGCCUUUGUGGUCUGCCAGUUUGUAUGUUGCUGUACGGGCUGCUGGUGUUGGUGCCUGAGGUUUGAGGAGUUCAGGGUCUCGAGUUGUCUCAAAGCGUCCGAGAGGCACAGGACAGCGGAGCUCAGGCCGUUCAGACGCUGAGAACCUUCAAGUCACUGGAUCGGCCCGUUUGUUGAUACGUCGUAAAAGCUAGUUCUCGCUAACGGAGGUUUUUUUCCGUUAAGGGGCGGCUCAGCCUCCGAGGAGCUGAACCUGCAUGUGGACUGAUAAAGGGACUCAAAGGACUGAUCGGGGCUUUUUUUCGUAAAUCAAUGAGAGGACAUUUUUUAUGGACAUUAAAAGCUCUCUCGUUUUUCAUGGUUUUAUCUGAGGGAUAAACACAUUCACUGACUUAACAGCUGUUUUUUAUAGAUUAGCUACAGAGCGUUGUCUUUUGUAAAAAUAAUGAAAUAUGUGCAAAUUUGUGAUGUAAUAAUAUUUGAGCUGUAAUACAUUUUUACUGUACAGUGGCCUGUAAAAAUGGAGGACCUGAAGUGUCACAGUAAUAAAGCAUUUCAUUAGUUUAUCAAUAAUUGUACAAUGUAAAGUAAGCAUUAGAAGUUUAUCCAUCUAUAAAUAAAAAAGCUAAACAAUAUGUUCUAAUUAAAAAAAGGGAUCUUUAAAAACAACCGAACAGUCGAUACGUAAAUUAUUUACAGAUACAAUUAAUCAUAAAUACAUUUUAUUUAACCAUCUACUU